AUGAGUAGUGGUAGUGACGGUAUUCCCCCAUUACUGUUAGGCGAAAAUUCAAGUCUGAAAAAGCUGAGACUAUCAGACUAUUUUGGCGAAGUCUACUCAACGUGUAUUGCUAACAAUACUUGCCCUAAUCACACCGAGAUGCCAGCCAUAGGGCCUGUACAUGUGACUGAGGAGACUGUUCUUCCAUUGAUCCCUAACCUCAAACCUUGUAAGAUACCGGGACCUGAUGCGUUACAUCUACAAUUUCUGUCAUCAUUUGCAGACAUUAUUUCAGGAUCGCUGAUGAUGCUCCUCAACAUGUCCAUUCCAUUCAUUCAACUCUCUAGAGAUAGGAAAGAUGCUAAGAGGAUUGGACGGCAACCCCAGUCUGUCGAUGUAGUAUUUAUAGACUUGAGAGAGGCGUCUGACAACUUUUCACACUUGGGUCUUACUCAGAAGCUCUCGAGCUUCGGAAUAAGAGGUACUGUACAGGAAUGGAUAGGAAACUUUUUAUUUGACCUCAUAAUGAGAGUGAGGGUUAAUGGGACACCAUUCGAAUGGAAGCCAGUCAAGAGUGGCGCACCCCAAGGCACUAUCUCAGGUUCCCUACUUUUCCUUCUCUACGGAAAUGAACUACCACCAUUGCUUAAGUCAUCGACAUUAUUCACAUCUUUUCCAUGCGUGCAAGAACAUAAAAACUUAGGAACAAUAAUAAGUCACGACUUGAAGCAAUUACACAUUGCCACGCGGCUGUUGCCAAAGGGUCUCAUGCGUUAUGGUCACUUCGCCGAGCAUUCAAAGGCUUUGAAGAGAUGUUUCGAAUCUUAUAUUCCACCUAUAGUACCGCAUCCAUGUCUGAUAAUGGAUACUAACCCACUUGAGCGCGUUCAGCGUGUGGGAACAGAGUUGAAGAAGGGUCUUUCUAAACUCUUUUACGAUGAGCGCUUAAAACGCCUAAUGAUUUCCCCAUGUCGUAUCGUAGGACGGCAUGUGACCUUAUAUUGGCAUUUCGUAUCUUUAAUUAUGAUUGGGGUACUAAUAUGUCUUAUAUUUUUGCUCUCUCCAGCACUAAUAACGUCCGAGGUCACAGCAAGAAGGUUCACAAACCGCGAUCUAAUAAACUUAAAAGCGGUCAAUGAAUGGAACGCUAUACUCGUACAAGUGGUAUCAGCCCCAUCAGUGAACAUUUUCAAGGAGAAGCUAGACCUUCAAUGGAAAGCAAACUGGUCGCACUCACAGCAACCUAUGUCUUCGGAGAAGAUAGAGUCGUUCCUGAGUCAAUUAUCCAAUACAGAUUUAUCUAAACUACCUGAGCUUAUUCAGUCUAUCACUGAAUGUCCAGGUUUGUUCGUCUUUGGUGAAUUUCUUGAUCAUCCAAAAAUUAAAUCGAUUGAGAAUGGGGAAUAUUCUCAGUAUUACAACUUAAUGAACCUAUUUUGCUACGGGACGUUCGAGUUACUUUCCACCAACCGGUCUGCAUAUCCUGAUUUACGACCAACUCAAGUUCGGAAGUUAAAGCAGCUCUCGAUAAUUGAUGAAGCGCAUAACCAGAAGCACAUACCUUAUGGUCUUCUGUUUAAGAAGCUCGAUAUUGCAUCUUCAAGAGAACUUGAAGACCUUGUUAUCGAACUUUUUUACCUCAAAGCCAUAACAGGAAAACUUGACCAACAGAAAGCACUGUUAGAGGUCAACUCUGCCAUUGGGCGUGAUAUACGUAUUGAGCAGAUAGAUGAGCUGCAUCAAAAGCUGGAUUCAUGGGGUGUUCGAGUCGAGUCUGUAUUGGCUCAUAUAGCUAAUGAAAUAAAGAUGGUUAAUGAGCGACGAUAUGAAUCCGAGUUACAUCAAAAGGAGAUUUUGGAAGCGUCAUUGUCUAUCAAAGAAGCAUUGCGUGGCCAAAUGGCGAAAUCAGACGCUCAAAGUUUACGGAUGGAUAUGGACGACAUACUGAUUCAUCCAGAUUUAUUAGAAAGUCGUGUAGAAGCAACUCGUCAAAGUUCAAGCAACACUGAAAGUGUUGGUGAUCGUGAUGUUCGCAAUCGAAUAACUGUUUUUAAAAAUCUUCGGCAUGGUAAAUCUUCCAAACAACAGUAGUGUUCAACAACUGUAAACAUGUAUGAUUUAUUAUUCUGUGUACAACUUUUAUAAAUUACUGCAACUCAAAGAGUGCUGCGUUUUACCUUGAAUUUUUCGCAAUGUCACUGUUUUGGAUAUAAAGCAGUCAAUUUAUUAUAAAUUUUUCUUGAAGCAACUUUUUGACAAUAAAAACAGAAUUCUAGAUAGUUGGUCAUUUUCAUACUAAUCAAAGUCUUAGCAAAUAUCAGUUGUUGAUAAGGUUUUGGGGAUAAAUUGUUACAGUAUUGUACUUUCGAAUGGUCUUUUUUCAUUAGGGUAUCUUUUAUCUUUUCCGCAAACUGCAUUUUGAUUAUUGGGUUUUUACUUCGAGAUGGAAAAAAUUAACUGGAUAUUUCUUACCAAUAUUUAACAUAGUAUCUUCAUUUUAUUUUGUUGCUUGUUAGUGUUUUACUCUGGACUCCUCUGAUGACUUUAACUUGUGCAGUUAGUUCUAGUCAUUCACUUCAAACCGUGCUUAUUGAAUCCACUGAUUAGGAAUGCUGCAUUUUCGUCUAAAUAUCAUUGGGUUUUGAUAUCUAUUUCGUUUAUCAAAUGUAUAAAAUGUAUAAGAGUGGUUUUUGCUUCUUGAUAAAUGAGGGAUUUAGGUCAUGACUUUGGCCGUUAGCAUUUAAGAAUGCAAAAGUGUAGCUUGUUUUUCACAAUUUCAAGAUAUGGAUAUAGUAUAUAAAACUAAAAAUCUGUACCAACAAAGCUGUACUGGCGUGUGAUGUCUUUGUUUAUACUUUUUUUCUUUACUAAAACUGAACUCCUCACUAUCUUGUUCUUAGCAUUGACCUCUAAUGAUAUUGACUCCACUUAUAGAUUAAAUAUUUGCCAUAUAAUCAGUUUUUCUGUCUCCCCACAUUAUAUCUUUUCGACAGAUUAGUGGUAGUACUGUGGAAUUUACGUAGGAUAAGUAUCACGCUUGGAUCUUAACUAUUCCGUCCCUGGACCGAUACAUAUUUGUUCCAGGUAUUUAUUUUAUUUAGUUAAGCACAUAAACCUUGGUACAAGGAGGCACCAAAUAGAUAUGUGCCACAUAAAUAAUUCAGUUUGUGUGAGGGGCUGGGAUACUGACCAGGUACCCGAACCGGAGCAGGUGGUUUUCUUAGGGGGCUACACCCGAAGCCUUCGACCUGAAGGUCUGAUUCACAAGGCAGUGGAGCAACGUCAAGAGGUGCAAUUCCAUGGUAACCGGUGACUAUACGCUAUUCGUUCCUUCAGGAUAUUGGAACCCAUGUGAGCGAUUGGUUUGGAAUGUGGGUUUUCCAACUCCCCUAGGUGGACUUACCGUGUCCACCAACCCGGUUAAAGCACCGGACAUUCGCUUUUUGUCCUCUCAAUUUCGUAAAAAACACCCCCGCCUUGAGAAGCCAGUGAGUAGGACUUCGCUGGCAGUGGUUGUAUGCGUGUGGCCAUGUGAGAGGAUUUUGAGAGGGAGAGCUAACUCUCCCUACUCUCGGCCAUACCAGGGCAUAUGGGGGUAUUAUUUUGUAUAUGACUAAUUGGUUUCCUAAUGAUCGUCUGAGCUGUUCGAUUUCACAGCUGCCAACAUGUACUACUGUAGUGAAAAAAAACAAGUGGGGAAGACCAGUUUGUUUUCUAAAGUGAACUUAUACAUUGGCUUAGUAAAGUAUGAAAACCAUACAUUAAAUUCAUCCUUGACACAUCUUUGCGUUGUCCUUUACCUGUUCGAUUAUUCCCCUGAUUCUGUUUUUAAUUUUAUUGCUCCUCGAUUUUCUUUCUGUUCUCUUUAAUUUUACCUUCUGCUACCAGGCAUUUCACUUCCGAUUGCGGCUACAUACUACUUAUAUCUGUCGGCAUAAGUAGCAUACACCACACUAUCAUCUGCUUUUUUUUCUUAGUCUAAAGCAGAGUGAUAUGGAAGUGGUUAUAGGACCGGCGAUGUUAUAUAUUUGUACUUAGUACGUAUUGUUUGUGAAAUUGAUCGUGUGUUUGCAAGUUAUAAAAAGUUUUAUAAAGCUUAUCAGUUUCUAGUUCUCAUUUGAUGUUUAAUGAACGUCCUUCAAAUAUCUGGUAAAGUGAAAUAAACUAGCCUUAGUUAAAACUGAGUCAAACUCAUUAACAGCCAAUUGAUACCGGGUUAGUAAGAUAUUUCAUUUGAGUUGCAAAAGCAUAUCACACAUAUCUGGCUCUAUCUGACUGGAACAUCGGCGAAAGUAAUGUGUUUAUUUGUGAAUAUAGAUAAUAAUUUGAGAUCUGUGGGUAUAUUCAAUGUGAUUUAUGGAUAUUUUACGUAGAUCCUAUUGGCAAUGUAACCGUUUUUAAUAAUAGUCAUGUUUAUGAUUCCUCGAAGUUAUUCAUUUGGAGUCGGAAAUGGUGCUUUAAUCUAUCUUACAUUCGUUCAAUAUUAUGUGAAUUCUUGUUUAUAGUUCUAAUAGUAAUUUCGACACAACUACACAACAGUGACCUUUUUAAUCCAUGUUGUAAUCACUACAGCUAGUAGUGGUGGUACAACAAUUCGUUGAGUUAGCUGAGAUCAAACUUCGAUAAAAUUUUAGCCAGCAUUAUCUGCAGUGGAUUUAUAAUCUAUCUCUAAUUAAAUGCCACAAUAAUUUAUUCAUUAACACAAGCCGUCGAAUGAGGUUUCCAGCAGUUUUUAGUUUAUAAAUAUUUCUGACCAUUGUCGCCGGAUUUUACAGUUUUAUUAAUCAGUUAAAUAUAUUUUGACCGUUAAGAUUUAAUAGAGGUUUCUUGGGUGAGACCCACACAUAAAAUUUUGGAUUCUAUUCAGGGACCUGAGGGAUGGUACAAUUUAUGGACCCCAUGAUUGCAGGUCACACUGGUUUACAGUGGUUAUUCUGCCAAGUUUGAAUGCUGGAAACUGCAGGGAGAAAGAUGUGAGGGAGAGGAGCUCUUUCAGUUAGUAUAAUUUCACCAGCAAAAUAAACUAACCUUGUUGAGACAAUAGGUUCUGAAAAUGUGACAGUUUAUGCUUGAUUUAUUUAUUUUUUAAAUUGUUUAUUCCAGAGAAACAUUUUAAUGUGACUUGUCGGUAAGUGAUAAUAAAAAUAAUCUAAUUAGUUUACUGACCACCGUAGUUAGAUGUUGCUAUUUUUACUUGAAAGUAUCUUGUAUUCAUGUAUUCUAGUUGU